UGUCAGUGUCCAGUUUCCAAUCGCAUGUGUGAUUGUCAGUUGAACUUCCGGUAAAGGGAGAUAAGUGUCCGAUACCCUUAUGGCACAACAAAACAACAUAGCUAUUUCCCUCACAGAUAUCGAAGAAGCAAGGAAACGCAUACAAGGGCAAGUAAAAGAAAGUCCACUGAUACAUCUGAAUUACAAAAUACCUGAUGCGAAGAUUUAUCUGAAAUGUGAAAAUCUUCAACCAAUUGGUUCAUUCAAAUUACGUGGAGCUUGCAAUGCAUUGGGAAAACUGUCAGAUGACCAACUGAAAGAGGGAGUUUACACAGCCAGUGCUGGGAAUUUCGCUCAAGGAUUGGCCUGGAAUACUCAAAAACUGGAUAUACCCUGUAAUGUGGUCGUCCCUGAUCAUGCUCCCGCCACUAAACUCGCGGCAAUAGAGAGACUUGGGGGUCAAAUUAUCAAAGUUCCGUUCAGCGAGUGGUGGAAAGUUAUACAAACACAUAAAUAUGAUGGGAUACCUGGGACAUUUGUACACCCUGUCUCAGACCCAUCAGUCAUUGCAGGGAAUGGGACAAUUGGUUUGGAGAUAUUAGAAAGUUUGCCAGAUGUCAAUGCAGUCAUCGCUCCGUACGGAGGCGGGGCACUCUCAUGUGGAAUUGCCUCCGCUGUAAAAUCGGUCAAACCAGAUGUGAAGGUCUAUGCAUCUGAAGUUGAAACAGCAGCUCCUCUCAAAGCAUCCAUGAUAGCAGACAGACCCGUGAACAUUGACUACAAGUCUUCCUUUGUGGAUGGAAUGGGAGGCAAGGCCGUCUUGGAGGAGAUGUGGCCAUUAGCUCGAAGCCUCAUUGAUGAUUCCAUCGUUGUCAGCCUGCAGCAGAUUGUGGAUGCUAUAAAGUUAAUGGCAGAGAGAAACCACAUGAUUGCAGAAGGGGCAGGUGCAGCCCCUCUUGCAGCUGCCCUGACAGGAAAGGCAGGAAAAGGGAACAUCGUGUGUGUGGUGUCUGGUGGCAACAUUGACACGGAUAAAUUGACAACAAUACUGCAAGGCAACAUACCACAGUGAUGUCAAACUUUAUGUUAAUAGCAAUUUAAGAUACAGCCAUACGGGUAUACUAUAUGUUUGAAAAUAUGAAUUGAUUUUUUUUUAUUUUGGAGAUAGAUGUCGAUUUCAAAUCAGAUACAGUAGAAUCUAGUUGUACUACCACAUUUGACCAGAUAUAUUUUAGAGGUAAAACAUGAGGGUAAAACAGUGAUUUAUAUAGGGAACAUAUUGAAGAAUCAUUAAGAAAAAAAAGGAAAUGAGACAUUACAAAAUAUUGGCUGUAAAAGGGGCAUUAAGUAUAGGUUUUACUGUAUAGUGAUGACUAUUGGGCAUUAUAACAAAGUUUUACUGUACAGUGAUAAUUAAUUGGCAUUAUCACAGUGGUAAUUAAUUGGCAUUAUAACAAGGUUUUACUGUAUAGUGAUAAUUAAUUGGCAUUAUAACAAGGUUUUACCGUAUAGUGAUAAUUAAUUGGCAUUAUAACAAGGUUUUACCGUAUAGUGAUAAUUAAUUGGCAUUAUAACAAGGUUUUACUGUAUAGUGAUAAUUAAUUGGCAUUAUAACAAGGUUUUACUGUAUAGUGAUAAUUAAUUGGCAUUAUAACAAGGUUUUACUGUAUAGUGAUAAUUAAGGGCAUUAUAACAAGGUUUGACUGUGUAGUGAUAAGUAAGGGCAUUAUAAUAAGGUUUUACCGUAUAGUGAUAAUUAAUUGGCAUUAUAACAAGGUUUUACCGUAUAGUGAUAAUUAAUUGGCAUUAUAACAAGGUUUUACUGUAUAGUGAUAAUUAAUUGGCAUUAUAACAAGGUUUUACUGUAUAGUGAUAAUUAAGGGCAUUAUAACAAGGUUUGACUGUGUAGUGAUAAGUAAGGGCAUUAUAAUAAGGUUUUACCGUAUAGUGAUAAUUAAUUGGCAUUAUAACAAGGUUUUACUGUAUAGUGAUAAUUAAUUGGCAUUAUAACAAGGUUUUACGGUUUAGUGAUAAUUAAUUGACAUUAUAAUAAGGUUUUACUGUAUACCGAUAAUUAAGGGCAUUAUAACAAGGUUUUACUAUAGUGAUAAUCAAUUGGCAUUAUAACAAGGUUUUACUGUGUAGUGAUAAGUAAGGGCAUUAUAACAAGGUUUUACCGUAUAGUGAUACUUAAUUGGCAUUAUAACAAGGUUUUACUGUAUAGUGAUAAUUAUUGGCAUUAUAACAAGGUUUUAUAUUACUGUUUAGUGAUAAAAAGUGGGUAUUAUAUCAAGGUUUUACAGAAUAUCCAUCUAUAUAUAUAUUCCCAUAUAUAUUUUUAAUUUGAUAAAAAUAUUUUUAUAGAUGUUGUAUUAAUAUAUUUUGAAGAAUACUGCUAUAUAAUUACUUACAAUUGUUAAAUAUCAAUGUUAAUGGUGUUUUAAUAUCGGGAAAAAUCUGCCUGAUAGCUAUGUUACCUUUGGACGAAGCAAUAAUAAAACAAGUUUUGGUUCUAUUUUAUAUAUGCAUUUUGUUUUGACAUAUUUUCAGUGAAAUAAAAUGUCU